UUUGUACUUAGUACUUAAUGUCAUGUUUCUCUUAUCGAUGGACAUUCUACGGCCUACCAGACCCAGGCCCCAUACUCUCAUUGCCCCUCGGGAUCCUGCACCUCUUUCCGCUCCACGACCUCCCGGCGCAGUGUCCAUCUCAAGCAUGCAGUCUGGAUUAGAUCCCGAUACCAUCGUCGCAGAUACCAAACGAUUAGCUCACCACGGGAGCAUCGGUCAUGUAGAAGAGUUCAAGCAAGGGGACAACGUGGAACAAGUCCCUACUUACCGUCUAUACAGGCGCCGCUUCGCCGGCCUUUUUGGUUUUAUUUUACUUGGCCUCGUGACCGGUAUGCCAGGGGGAUGGUUUGGGCCCAUAUCAAAUACUACUUCUGAGGACUUUGACAUUUCCCUUGACCAGGUGAAUUGGCUCGGCAACAUUACAUCUUGUGUUUAUAUUCCUGUCUCCCUCCUCGUUCCCCUUCUUUGUAUGCGUUUCGGUAUUCGCCGAUGUGCUGAAGUAAGUGUGGCGACGCUCCUCAUAUCAGGCUGGGUGCGUUAUGCGGGCACCAUCACGUCCUUGUCCUCUGAGAGCGCUUAUGCGCUACUCAUCCUCGGACAGUGCUUGUCGGCAAUAUCUCAACCUGUCUUCCAAGUCCUCGGCCCGAAGUAUUCCGAGAUGUGGUUUGGCCUCGGAGGGCGAACGACAGCCACAAUGCUUAUCGCCAUCUCCAAUCCUAUCGGCGGCGCUAUUGGCCAAGUUCUUAGUCCCCUGGUCGGUACUACAAGGCAAUCUAUCCUGAUCCUAGCAAUCAUAUGUACCGCAGUUGCACCUGCUCUCUUUCUUAUCAGGAGUGAACCACCAAGCCCACCAACAUAUGCAGCCUCCAAGGCCCCGCAACCACUCUACUCCCUCUUACUUGCGAUGGUAGGGAAAGUUCACCCCUCAGACCCUGCUUACAUGGCUCCUCGCGAACGGCUGGACUUCACCAUCAUUACGCUGAUUUUUGGUGUACUUACCGGCGCGACAAAUGCACUUACCGUCCUCUCUGCGGAGUACUUCAAUCCUCAGGGGUACAGCGACUCCAUUUCAGGCAUCUUUGGCUCAACCCUCCUACUUAGCGGGAUCCUUGCCAGUGUGGUUACCGCGCCUCUGUUCGAUCGGGUGUUGACCCAUUAUCUGGGCAUAACGCAAAAGAUACUCGUCCCGAUUGUCUCAGGGUCGUGGUUAAGUUUGAUCUGGGCGGUAAAACCGAACAACACCGGCGGAAUAUUCGCAAUCAUGGCCAUCAUCGGUGUUUGCUCCUUAAUAAUGCUCCCAGUCGGCCUUGAGCUCGCAGUCGAGCUUACACGAAAUGCAGACGGCAGUUCCGCCAUUUUGUGGUGUGUAGGCAACGCAUUCGGCAUCGUAUUCAUCCUCGCUGAAGGCGCCCUGCGCGCAUCGUCGACCGCUUCCCCGCCGUACAAUAUGAAGGCAGCAUUCAUUCUGCAAGGUGUAUUCGUGAUGGUUGUAGGCGCAGCGAUAUUUUUAGUGCGCGCCAAACAGAUGCGGCGGGAGAUGGACGAGCGCAUGGCACAGCACCUUGAAUUAGAGGAGGCGCCGAUGGAUAUAAUGGGCAUGACUGACUCUGGUCAGGAGAAGAGCGCCUCGAUAUUGCAGAACUCGAUACUGUUGCCUGAGAAAAGUGCUGAUGCUAGGGUGUAGGUGAUUGGCACUACUGUGCAUCCAAGUUAAUAUCUGCACCCUCUUAUUUACGACCCCAUCACCUACAUAAUUACUAGCGUUACUGACCUGUGCUGUUCUGGGUACUUAUUGUAAACUUAAUUGUAAACUUAAUUGUGUGUAUUCACUUGCCUAUUAUCGUUCAUUGGGG